AUGUCUCCCGCGACUCCCACCAAUACCACGGCACCACAGACUGCCCUCGACUCCUCCUUCCUUCCCAUCUCUAAUGAUGACGUUCCCUUCCCCUUAGUGGACGACCACAACGACCACCAUGAGGAGGAGGCCGCCCUCGAGGCUCUCCGUGCAGCCAUCUCAGGCUCACAUGGCGAGGAGGAGACCGCGGCGAUUGCGGCAUCAGCGCAGCUGAAUGAGAACGACGUUCAGCCCCCGACACUGGUACCCGCUUCCCAGGUCCAGGUGCAGAGCAUGGACAAGGCUGUUGCCGCUCUGCAGCAGCUCAGCUCGGCAAAUCAGACGAUCAUCGACAACAUGAAUGCCCCCGCGAUUCUGCAAGGCCUGAUGGGAAGUUUCAAGGUUCUCGCGGACAGCAACCGUCGCCAGACUGAACUGGUCAAGAACCUGAUCGACUCGAUCCAAGGACGUGGUCCUCCGACAAUCGACCCGGCGCUUGCGAUCUCUUAUGUCCCUCGGUCGGAGUAUGAUGCGCUCAAGGCACGUUACGACGCUCUUGUUAGCACUUCGUCCGCCAUGGCAUCAUCUAGCAGUGCUCCUUCGCGUCGUUCGCGCAUGGCGAUGAAGCCGGCGACACUAGACGAUGCGACGGACGACAGCCGGCUGCGUGACUCGGGCAGCGCCACACCAUUCAUGGAUGAGGAGAAGCGGCUGGGACGUAAGCGCAGGAGUAUGAAGCUCGAGCACCUCGUGCACAAGAUGGCGAACCGUCGUGUUGGUGUUGAGUACCCCGUUUCUUCAUUUGAGUGCAAGGGUACGAAGGACCUCCCCGACCCGAACAGCAUUCCGCCAACAGCCGACGCUAGCUUGAACGGCGUUGACGAGUACCGCCCCGAUUUCCGUGCAGACGUGUCCAGCGCCUCGGUCCGGCCGUUUAUCGACGCUGUUACUGCCGACGUGAAGAAAGCGUGGGCCGACACCUACGCGGCGGCCGAGCCGGAGGUCGACGAUGAUCAGAUUGUCAAGGCAAUCCACACGUAUUGGACCCGUCUCGGCAAGCGCUACGACGAGCAGCUAACUCGCGAGCGUGGCGAAGUGCACAAGGACGAGAUCACACGACGCAAGCAGAACCAGUAUCGCCGCCAGCAGAGUCUGCUCGCCCGUCGCUCAGCCGCGUUCGAUACAUCGCCGCUCAAUCUCUGCAAACUCCGCGCGUUAUACCGCACACUCCUCACAAUCGAUUUUGCCUCUCAGACGAACGAGCGUCCCGAUCCGAAGCGCGAGUACACUGAGGACGAGUGGCAUGCGUACCGCAAGCUGCAGUGUGGCACACGUGCAUCGGAGGCGCACGAGGUCGUGGAUCAGUUUUGGCUGUCUGAGCAGGCUCGCUCGCUGCUGAACAUUCUCGACACAUAUGCGUUUGACCAGACGUCACGCAUGCGCCGAAAGGGACGGCCCAAGCAGCCUGCGCCGACUUUCCACCUGCCUCCCGAGCUCUGGGACCGAUCGCAGCUGCCGUUGCUGCGCCCGAAGGACCAGAACGGGAUGCCUGUCGCCGGCGCUGGCGGCAUCGUGCUUUUCCGCUUCCAUGUCGACGAGAAGGUGCAGGAGCAGUUCCCCGACUGGGCGCAGGGCCUGUAUGACAACCCGCCCGUCGCCGAGGAGGACCGCCUGCUACCCAACUUGCCUGACGUCAUGAACGCGAACGCGUUCUUCCACCUCAAGCCGCGCGUCAAAGCGUCGCGCGACGCGGCCCAGGUCACUCGCCUCUCCCCGCAAGAAGUCCAGGACGUCCUGGCCCGUGAUGACAAUGUCGUUCUUGAUGAGGCUGGGGUGAGCGCGGUGGCCGCGGCCGCUGCGGACGCAGACGGGUCUUUCGACCUCUCAUCGGCUGACUUCAUGUCUGCACGCGGUCUUGAGAGCAUCGUCGCGCUUGCUAGCGGUAGCCUGAUGAACCCGUUCGCGACGCCGAGCGCCUCGACUUCUCCCGCAGCACCGAUCCCGCACUCUCAGGCCCACCCCCUGAUCCCUCUCGGACUUGAGGUCGGGCCCGCCCAUGGCCCGAGCCCCGGAAGCUCCGUCCGCGCCCGCAAGCAGGCCAAGCGCAUGAUGAGCGAAGUUCCCGGGGGUGCGGCAACGCCCGUCCCCCGCAAACGCAGGCGCGAUGGCGAACCGGACGCAGAGGAAGUCGACCUCAGCGGCGACGCCAGCUUCCUUAGCGCCUUGUAG